CAGUACCUUAGUCCAGCCGUUUCUGAAGCAGCCCAGGAGCACUGAACUCCACCUCUGACUUCUCAGUCAUGAGCAGGACCUGCACGGUCUUCUUCCUGUUGAUGGGCUUUGCUUCUUCUCUGGCCUUCAACUUGGACACAGAGCAUGUGAUAAGCUUCCCUGUGGAUAGUGCUGGGUUUGGUCACAGUGUGGUCCAGUAUGGCAACUCCGGGGUGGUAGUUGGAGCCCCCAAAGAGAUACGGGCCUCUAACCAAACAGGUGGCCUGUACCACUGUAACUACCACACGGGCAGGUGCCAGACCGUCCAGUUACAGGUGCCCCCAGAGGCUGUGAACAUGUCCCUGGGCCUGUCCCUGGCAGCUGCCACCAACCCCUCUCGGCUGCUGGCCUGUGGCCCCACUGUGCACCAUGCAUGCAGAGAGAACAUGCACUUGACUGGGUUCUGCUUCCUGCUGGAUUCGUCCUUCCUGCAGGAGCAAAGGUUCCCAGUGGCCCUGCGGGAGUGUCCCAAGCAGGAUCAGGACAUCGUGCUCUUGAUUGAUGGCUCAGGCAGCAUCACCGCAGGCAGUUUUGCCACAAUGAUGAACUUUGUGAGGGCUGUGAUGAGCCAGUUCCGGAGAUCGAGCGCCCAUGCCCAGUUCUCCCUGAUGCAGUUCUCCAACAAAUUCAAGACACACUUCACUUUCAACGACUUCACCUCCAGUUCAGAUCCUCUGCGCCUGCUGGAUUUUGUAAACCAGCUGGGCGGAUACACGUGGACAGCCACAGCCAUCAGUAGGGUCACAGAGGAACUGUUCACUGCCCGAAAUGGAGCCCGCAAAGAUGCCACCAAAAUUCUCAUUGUCAUCACCGAUGGGAAGAAAGAAGGUGACAACAAGGAUUAUAAUGAUGUCAUACCCAAGGCUGAGAAGGCAGGAAUCAUCCGCUAUGCAAUCGGGGUUGGAAAAGCUUUUCAAAGUGCACAUUCCUGGAAUGAAUUAAACAACAUUGCAUCUAAGCCUUCCCAUGAACACAUAUUUCAUGUAGAGAACUUUGGUGCUCUAAAGGAUAUUCAAAACCAGCUGAAGGAGAAGAUCUUUGCCAUUGAGGGUACAGAGACUGGAAGCAGUAGUUCUUUUGAGUUUGAGAUGUCCCAGGAUGGAUUCAGUGCCCUGUUCACACCUGAUGGACCAGUUUUGGGGGCCGUGGGGAGCUUCAGCUGGUCUGGAGGUGCCUUCUUGUAUCCCUCAAAUGGCAACCCCAUCUUCAUCAACAUGUCUCAGGAGAGUGUGGACAUGAGGGACUCCUACCUGGGUUACUCUGCUGAGCUGGCCUUUUGGAAAGGGAUACAGAGCCUGGUCCUGGGGGCUCCUCGCCACCAGCACACCGGGAAGGUUGUCAUCUUCACCCAGGAAUCCAAAAAGUGGGAGCCAAACACUGAAGUCACAGGGACCCAGAUUGGCUCUUACUUUGGAGCUGCUCUCUGCUCCGUGGAUGUGAACAGAGAUGGCGACACUGACCUGAUCCUUAUUGGGGCCCCCCAUUACUACGAGCAGACCCGAGGGGGCCAGGUGUCUGUGUGUUCCAUGCCCAGGUGGAGCAAGUGGCAGUGUGAGACUGUCCUCCAUGGGGAGCAGGGCCAUCCUUGGGGCCGCUUUGGGGCAACUCUGACAGUGCUGGGGGAUGUGAACGGGGAUGAGCUGACAGAUGUGGCCAUCGGAGCCCCUGGAGAACAAGAGAACCGGGGUGCUGUUUACAUAUUUCAUGGGGUCUCAGGACUGGACAUUGGCCUUUUGCACAGCCAGAGGAUCGCCAGUUCCCAGCUCUCUUCCAGGCUCCAGUAUUUUGGGCAGUCAUUGAGUGGGGGUCAGGACCUCACUCAGGAUGGGCUGGUGGAUCUGGCCGUGGGGUCCCAGGGACAUGUACUGCUGCUCAGGACCAGACCUAUCCUCAGAAUGUCAGUGACCAUAAGUUUCACACCUGCAGUGGUUGCCAGGUCUGUGUUCGAGUGUCAGGACGAGAUGGCUUCUGUCCAGGCACUGGGCAAUGCCACUGUCUGUCUUCAUAUUUCUGAAACCUCCAAGUACAAAUUAGGUAACCUUCAAAGCUCUGUGACCUUUGACCUGGCCCUUGACCCUGGCCGCCCGAGUCCCCGUGCCAUCUUCAAGGAGAGAAGGACCCGGACUCUGACCCGAGUCCGGAUCCUUGGGCUGAAUCAACAUUGUGAGGUUGUGGACUUGCUCCUUCCGGCCUGUGUGGAGGACCCAGUGACCCCCAUCAUCUUGCGCCUCAACUUCUCUCUGAUGGGUCAGCCAGUCCCUUCCUUCAGAAACCUCCGGCCUGUGUUGGCUGCAGACGCCCAGACAUACUUCACAGCCUCUCUUCCCUUUGAGAAGAACUGUGGAGCUGACCACGUCUGCCAGGAUGACCUUGGCAUCACUGUUGGCUUACCAGGCUUGAAAACCCUGGUGGUGGGGAGUAAUCUGGAGCUGAAUGCGGAAGUGACAGUGUCCAAUGAUGGUGAAGAUUCCUUUGGAACCACAGUUACCUUCUUCUACCCAGCAGGGCUGUCCUAUCGACGAGUGACAGGGGCCCAGAACCAACUGCAGAGGCGCCCUGUGAGCCUGACCUGUGACAGCACCCCAGCUGACAGCCAGGGCAUCCGCAGCACCAGCUGCCGCAUCAACCACCUCAUCUUCCGUGGGGGCACAAAGGUUACCUUCUUGGCUACUUUCGAUGUUGCCCCUAAAGCUGUGCUGGGAGACCGGCUGCUUCUGACAGCCAAUGUGAGCAGUGAGAAUAACACACCCAGGACCCACAAAAGCACCUUCCAGCUGGAGCUCCCAGUGAAGUAUGCUGUCUACACUGUGAUUAGCAGCCUUGAACAAUCCACCAAUUACCUCAACUUCUCAGCAUCUGAGGAGGAAGGGAGCAUUAUGGCCAAGCAUGGAUACCAGGUGCAUAACCUGGGACAGAGGGAACUGCCAGUCAGCAUCAACUUCUUGGUGCCUGUGGAGCUGAAUGGAGCAGCUGUGUGGACGGGGGUGGCAGUCUCCCACCCCCAGAACCCGCUGGUCCAGUGCUCUUCAGAGAGACUAGUCCUCACACAGUCUGACUUCCUGACUCACAUGCAGAAAAAUCCUGUGCUGGACUGCUCCAUUGCUGACUGUCUGAAGUUUCGCUGUGACAUCCCCUCUUUCAGUGUUCAGGAGCAACUUGAUUUUGUCCUGAAAGGCAACCUCAGCUUCAGCUGGGUCAGCCAGACACUGCAGAAGAAGGUGGAGGUCGUGAGUGUGGCUGAAAUCACAUUCAACACAUCUGUGUAUUCCCAGCUCCCAAGACAGGAGGCAUUUUUGAGAGCCCAGGUGAAGACAGUGCUGGAGAAAUAUGAGGUGCACAACCCAGUUCCCCUCAUCGUGGGAAGCUCUGUGGGAGGUCUGCUGCUGCUGGCUCUCAUUACAGCUGCCCUGUACAAGGUUGGCUUCUUCAAACGUCAGUACAAGGAAAUGAUGGAGGAAGCAAAUGGACAGGUUGUCCCAGAAAAUGGGACAACAGCCCCCCAAGUUGCCCAAUGAGGAUCCACUUCCUGUUUAACUUAGACCCACUUCCCCAUGAAAGGCUUUCCAGCCCUCUUGUUCCCACCUAAGUCAGACCCAAGGGGAAAGACACAUUUCACACAAGGGAGGCUGGAACCAGGCUGCUUUUGCUCUGUGUCUUGUUGGGAAGGUCCAUUUGUCUUGUUCACAUGGAAACCCUGAGGAUAGGGUCCUAGCAAUGCAAUGAUCUACAUCACCUUAAGUGAAGUUAGCCAGACUCAGAAAGCCAAUGGCCUCAUUUUCCUCUCAUAUGUGGAAUAUCGACCUAAUAUAGGCGAUAUUAUGAAAAA